AAGACGAGGAGAGGAAGAGCAUGGAGUUAAAGGGAGCUCCACCAGAGAGCGAGGAGGCAGCAGGAGGCAAGGUGACCAACUGAUUGAGCCCUGGUGUGGUGGCAGUGGGCGGGGCCUAGCCUGCUAAGCCACCGCCUGAUUGGCCGGUGAUGAUUGCAACAGGCGGCCUCCUGCGGAUCAACGCCCGGCGACAGGACUCGCUCCGCUCCAAAACACGCAACACACACACACACAAGAAGAAGGCCAAGAAGAAGAGGAGGAGCGAGGUAGUGGUGGUGAAGGGGAAGCUGAAGCUGUGUUCUGUCUCUGGUCUCGUGGCGGCGCUCGGCAUUCUGGUCCUGCUGGUGGGCGUGGUCAUGGCCGCUCUGGGUUACUGGCCUCGGGAGGGCCUGUUCUUCUCUGCCCAGCCACAGGAGGGCGCCACGCCGCUCCCUCUGUCCGCUGCUAUGGCGACUGCUGCCACCACCGCCACUGAGGGAGGAGAGACCACCGAGGAAGAGGAGGAGGAAGAAGAGGAGGAGGGAGGUGAAGGAAGAGGAAUGACAGAUUUUUUUAACGGGACAGAGAACAUUAACGAUACAACCUGGCAACUUCCAAGAGGAUUCCUGCAGGAAUUCCUGGACAGGUAUCUGUAUUCUGAUAGGCUGAAGGUCUUUGGUCCUCUCAUCAUGGGAAUCGGCAUCUUCCUCUUCAUCUGUGCGAACGCCGUCCUGCAUGAGAACCGCGACAGGAAGACGAAGGUCAUCAACCUGCGGGACAUUUACUCGACCGUCAUCGACCUGCACAGCGUCCGCAAGCCGGCCGCCGCCCGCCGCCCAUCAGCCAAUCCGCUCAACGGCCUCGUGAACUACGUCCAAUCCAAGAGCCUGGAGGCCAAACCCAAGGCGGCAUCACUGUUGGCUAAGAAGGGAGGUGGAGGGGGAGGGGAGGAAGGAGGGGGGAGGAGGCUGUUGUCGAGGCAACUGUCACUAGGCAGCAGUGGGAGCAGAGGAGGAGGAGUCGAGGGAGGAGAGACAGAUGCGGUGUUCAGCAUCUUCCAGGAGCACGGAGACACUCUUCGUCCCCUCUCCUCAUCCACCUCCUCCUCCUCCUCCUCCUCCUCCUCCCGCCUCCCUCUUCACAUCCCCCACUCAGGCCCCGCCUCUGAAUUCUACUUUUGGACCUCCAGGCAGAAGGAGUCGCUCAACUCCUUCACCUUACCGCUCACCAGAGGCCGAUCAUCACCCCGCCGCCCGCCGAGGAGGCACUCCGCCCAGGCGGGCACGGGGGGAGGUGAGGCGGAGCCGUCUGACGGAGGAGGAGAGAAGGAGGAGGAGAGGAAGGAGGAAGUGCAUGUGUGUCCGCCGCCUCCCCUCCCCGCCUCCCCUCCCCCCUCCACCAGGCUCUGCACGGUUUCUCCCCAGCCUCCUGGAUCGUUCCGCAGCUCGUCCAGCCUCCACACGGCGGGAGGCUCCCGAGCACUCCUCCUGCUCUCCUCCUCCUCCCUCACCCCCUCUCACCUGUCCCUGUCCUCCCUCUCCCACCUCCUCUCCUCCUCCUCCCCCACACCACCCGUCCACACGCCGGCCGAGCGCGCCAGGAGGCGGAGCUGCCCGUCGGGCUACAGCAAGCUGGCUCAUAGCGAGGGCGAGUCGUUCGAGUCAUCAGAGGCGAUGACCGAGACGACGACUUCCUGUCAUGUGACAGCCGAGGUCUGGGGUCAGACGUCGGGAGGGGGAGGGGAGGGCAGGGAGGACAUGACAUCACAGCGGAAGUAUUCCAACAAGGAGAAGCUGAGGAUGAUAUCGCAGACAGACGGCGGUCCGCCGCAGGAGAGGGAGGAUGAGGAGGACAGGAAGUGAAAAAACUCAGCACUUUGUUAAGUCAAAUGAUUCGAUUACUGAGAGACGGCGUUCACGUUGCCCGCCCCUCAGCGCCGCAGACUGUGCGAUCUCCCGCUCGCUGUCACAAAUCACUUCAACUUCUAGUAACCAUGACAACAGACCAUGCAGAUGAGAAAGUAAAACCCAACAUGCAGCGUGUUUUCAUUUUAUUUUAUUUGAUAAUGCAGAUAUGACAACACAAUAAAGACUGACGAGCACAAACCUCAAAACAAAACAAACAGACAGUCAACAACAACAACAACAACAACAACAACAACAACAAGAUGUUCUGGUGGCACUCAUCCAGCUCUGUCUACGGUUCUCAUCUGGAGCUCCUCCAGUGAACCAGUAAUGUUCCGCUGUGGAACCAGUGGAUGUUUCUGAAUGUAAAGAACCCCAACAGGAUGAAAAUAUUCCACGUGGUGCAGACUAACCCUGCAAACACCUCCUCUGUCAGGCACAACCAAAACAUCUCACCUCACCCCAUCCCAUCCCGCCUCGCCUCGCCUCGUCCCAUCCCGUCCCACCUCGUCCCAUCCCGUCCCACCUCGUCCCAUCC